GCUGGAACCUCAGCUCUGGUUACAGUUCGGGAUCUGGAUCUGGUGCAUCUGGGGCUUCAGGAACCUUUGGCUCAGGUAGUUCAUCUUCUGGUGGAUUUGGGGCUUCAGGCACUUUUGGAGCAGGGGCCUCUGGUAGCCAAGGGGCAACAGGGUCAGGCUUUGGUUCUGGUUCAGGCAUCGGAACAGGAUUUGGAGCAGGUACCUCAGGCUCCACAUUUGGCUCAGGCAACGUCACAUGGUGCAGCUGGAUCAGGAUCUGGAUCUACAUUCGGAGCUGGUACCUCUCAUGGCGUAAGCGGCUCGGGAUCAGGUUUUGGAGCUGGUUCUUCUGGAUCCACGUUUGGCUCAGGUUCACAUGGUGGUGCUGGUUCAGGAUCUGGAACUGCAUUCGGAGCAGGUGCCUCUAAGUUUGGUUCAGGUUCACGUGGUGCUGCUGGUUCUGGAUCUGGAUCCACAUUUGGUUCAGGCUCACAUGGUGCUGCUGGUUCAGGAUCUGGAUCUGCGUUUGGAGCUGGUGCCUCUGGAUCCAAGUUUGGUUCAGGCUCACACGGAGCUGCUGGCUCUGGAGCUGGAUCCACGUUUGGUUCAGGCUCACACGGUGCUGCUGGUUCAGGAUCUGGAUCUGCAUUCGGAGCUGGUGCCUCUAAGUUUGGUUCAGGCUCACAUGGUGCUGCUGGUUCAGGAUCUGGAUCUGCAUUCGGAGCUGGUUCUUCUGGAUCCACGUUUGGCUCAGGCUCACACGGUGCUGCUGGUUCAGGAUCUGGAUCUGCGUUCGGAGCUGGUGCCUCUGGAUCUAAAUUUGGUACAGGCUCACAUGGUGCUGCAAGCUCCUCUGGCCACAGACAAUCGGGAACAAGUGGCAUAAGUGGCCACGGAGUGACUGGUUUUGCUGGUUCCGGUGCAACCAUACAGUUCAUUGGUGGCGAAGUGGACGACAGCAAUGAAGUAACCGUCCUCAGAGGACCCUCACUCAUCGUGGGAGGUCGCCCUGUAGGUGGUGGUGGCCACGUAACCGCAGGUGGUCAGCUGAUUGGAGGAGGCCACCUAAGUGCGGGGGCCACGCAGGAGGAGUUCGUCAUGGAACUGGAGGAGCAGGACAUAGAGGAGCUGUUGGUGUAGCAGCAGGACAUGGAGGAGCAGCCACCAGCAACAGCUUCACAGGCGCUUCCACAGCAGGAGCAGGUCCGUGCACGCCGGCUUCUGCCCCACCAUCGGCCAGUGCUCAGGGUCCCCCUCCUACGGCAAGUCCUGCCAGAACGACGGGUCCUGCGGCCCUACAGAAAAGUGCUGCUUCGACACCUGCAACAACAGCAACGUGUGGGUCUGCAAGCCAGCAGCAAAUAAGAAAUGGUAGACCGCUCUGUGAAGCACCUUGUCGACGCGUUUUCCCCUGUCCCGCUUAUUUCCGACUGCUGGAUGGUCUAAAUAUCAGUAAAGAACAAGGAAUAUGAUUCUAAAAAACUAUCCCUUUUGUAGAAUUCCCUUAUCGAGGUUUUGCCAUCUUGGUUUGAUGACAUAUAUUGCAAGAUAAAUAAGGAAAGGAUAUAGACAAGAACACAAACUACAUCAACAUGGAGUCAAAUAGGUUGUUAAAGGGUUGUAACCACCAAAACACCAUUCAAUAACAUGGAAUAGUUAACAAGAAAAACAUCGCGAGCAGUCAGGAAAAGGGAUCACCACGUGAACAUGCUCUUGGCUGUGAAGUUUGUGCCCACACCGCCAACGCCAGGCAAGACCUGCGCCGAAUAAAAAUCAUUUAUAAUA